AUGAUUCUCAGGAUAAAAUUCUUUUUGACAAUAUUCUACUUGGGCGGGUGUGACGCUUUUGUCAAUCCUGUUUGUAAGUGGGGGGGGGGGUUUUUUUUAAAUUUUAAUUUAAAUAUUGAAAAAUUUUUUAAAUAAAAAAAAUGAAAAGUGUUAUAGUGUUAUAUUUUUUUUUAAUUAUAUUGUUUUAGUUAACCGAACGAUAAAACCGACAGGAGAGUACUUUACCACUCAUAUCUUGGCACACUUCCACAACUUUGAUAACUGGUACUACAAGGAGAACAAGACCUUCCGUGACAUAUAUGAAGAAGAGACGAAUCAAACGCUACUGGAAGAAGAUGCUCAACCUUUCUUUGAUCGUAUCUUCAAGGGACUAAAGGAUGCGGCUCCUGAACUUCGGUCUUUCAAACUUCACGUAAACAACAUGGUCUUUGACAGAUAUGUCAACUCUACAGACGAAGAUGAGGUCAGUUUUGAUAGGGUUUAUAAGUGCAUUUUAAAAAAAUAUUAUUUUUUAACUAUAAAGUUAUAUCAUAGUAUCUUACAUGGUAAACUCAAAAUAUUUAGCAUUCUUAUUGUUUACUAUCAAAUAGGUACCAAUAGUUUCACAUUACAGGUAAUAGCCAAGCUCCGAGCCAUCCAACAGUUGUUCAGAGACCAUAUCACGACCAUUGUGACAUGUGCAAACCGUUACAACCUGCACAUCGAAGCAUAUGACACAUACGCACGUGUUAUGUCAGCAUGUGAAGAAGGUAACAAUUCAGCUGGUUGUAGAAGCCGUGUUGUGUUGGACAAGGCUUUCCCAGAUCAUGAAUGGCAUGAUGACGAUUACAGGAUAGAUACGAUGCAGAGAAUUGGAAAUACGAAGGGUAUUAUACAAAUGAUCUACCAUGGUGGAGAUAUACCGCUGGAUGUUGGGAAUCAUAUUACUGGGGACAGUAAGUACUGUAGUUACAGAUGUAACUUUUAAUGUUUUAAAUUUAUAGUAGAUUUUACUGUUUUUUUUCACGUUGUAAAGACAUACGAUCUAUGAUUAUUUCAAGAUACCAUUAACAUCAUUUAGAAAUUCAUAAAACUAGGUUUAUCAAGAUUAAUAUUUGAAUAUGAUUAUACCUCAUCCGGUUACCAAUAAUCGCUUUUUGUGUGUUUUGUGACUUCAUAGGAAAACAGCGUUAUAGACUUGGCUUUGUCGUUGGUUUUACAUUAAUCUUAAGCAUAUUUGACUGCUUUUAGCUGUAAACCAUCUUCUACCCACUGGCAUGGCAUUAACUUGUGAUGAGCUUCAAGGCAAAGAACGCCACAUGGGCACUCACGUCGACCGCAAGGUCUACGCUGAGGCUUUGAACAAGCUGAAAGAAGAUGUAAACAGCUUACAGUCGUUUACUCUGGUAUGCGAGCGUACUGUGGAUUUGAAUGAAACUUCGGAAUUCGAAGUGAGUUAAUGAAUAUUGAUAGGCUGCUUAAGGUUAAAGAAUAUUAACCUUUGGGCAACAAAACACAUUUUUUAAUUAUACAUGUUACCUAAAAUCAUAUAUAAUACUAUAAUAACACAAAAUGUACCUAAACUCUUAAGAAUAUCCAAGAAAUGAGAGCAGCAGCAGCCAAGGUAGACACAGAGAUCAAGUCGAUCAUUGACGAAGCUCUCAAGGUGGGUGUUCAUAUUGAACACAUCUACGAGCACAUCAACUUCUUCACCCCAGGCUGUGCUGAAGAGAUGCUGGUACCACGCUGUAGCCGAGAACAACAGUUACCAAAGGCUUUUCCUGACAUACCAUUUGACAAUACAUUGUUUGUGAAAGUGUUCAAAAGAGACGUCUUCAACAAUAUUCAGCGACAUCUGAGAAUAUUGUAA